AUGGACUGCAUAGUAGCGGCAUCUACUGGUGCCUUAAAAGGUAUAAAUUUGCGCGACAAUUCGUUCACAAACUUGCUGCCGAUUAAAACGUUAGUUCCAAAACAGGAUGAAAUUACCAGUAUGAUUUGGUCCGGCUCAGGACAGUCAGAAGUACUGGCGGCGUUACUGGACAGGCAGCUGAAGUUGUACGAUGCCAGUACGAGUACAUUCAACUCGCUGUACAGAAUUGAUGGGGGCGAAGGAGCUGUCCAAGGACUUCAUUCGAUUGAAGGGGGUAAAAAAGUUGUCUCCUGUGUGGAAUCUGGUCAUCUCAACGUAUGGGACGAAUCCGGAGAAAGUACCGCCGAUUGGGAGGCUGGUCCUGGUGUCAAAGUGAUGAGAGGAUGCAAUACUAGGAAGGAAGUUGUCACUGGAGGACUGAAAAAUCUCAUGAAAACCUGGGAUAUAGAAACUGGAAAAAGUGUGUGGUCUGCGCGGAAUGUGGGGAACAUUUUUUUGCUGGCUUUUGGCCGUAAGCGUAAAAGUAUUUUUGUGAACUUCAAGGUUCCGCUGGAUUUCCUUGGACUAGAGGUGCCUAUAGCCUGCACCGACGCUCGAUAUAUCGAUGACUCUGGUACUAUUAUAGAAGCUACAAAAGUUCAUGAGCUUCGCCUUUACGAUCCUCGUGCUCAACGUCGUCCAGUGAAAAAGAUUCCUUUCAUGGAUGUACCAAUAACUGCAGUCAGUAGAUGCUACAAGGAUAAUCAUGUUCUGGCUGCUAACUCCAUCGGCGAGAUGGGUCUGUUUGAUCUACGCAGCAAAGUUCAUCCCGUUUGUAAAUACAAAGGACAGGCAGGAGCAAUUCGUUCUAUUGAUGCUCAUCCAAGUGCCCCUUACGUCGCGACAUGUGGUAUAGAUCGUUUCGUCCGUGUGCAUGAUAUCGAUACGAGGAAGCUUGCACACAAGAUUGUACUUAUUCCGAUCAUGCAACUAGCGCAGUUAAACAACGUAGUGGAAGGCAAUUGUAUUGAGGCGAGCUCGUGGAUGGAAUUGAAGAAGGAGAUCAACUGCGACAGCGAUUCUGCUUCCGCAAGUGGCUCAGAUGAUGACGAGUCGGUAGAUGAGUGCAAUUGGGAGAAACUAGGUGUAAGCGAUGACGAUGAUCCGAUGAACAAUGGAACCUUAAGAAAGCGACGCGACGAAGAAGCUGCCUCCAUCGAAAAUGAAAGCUGCGGUGAUGAGCCUGCCUCCAAAAAGAGAAGAGUGACCAAGUCGAAGAAACGAAGAGAGGAACCGGAAGCGGCAAGAGGUGGAUUCAGACGAAGAGCCUCGGAAACGCAAAAGGGUUCCAAGGCCAGUGGUGUGUGCUUCGUGAUCGAUAAGUCAGUCGUUAUUGUUCUUUUGUUUGCACUCCCCUCGCACUGCCAAAUGGCCCCAUUCGGUGAAAUAGGUUGUAUUGCUGGAAUCCUGUGUUUUCUUCUUUCGGGACAAGGGAUGGCAUUUAUCUAG